GUGACAAAUGUGAGGAGCAGAGGCGUUUCUGUUCUGCACACUGAGGAUGAGUCUGAAUGUUGUAUGUGUGUAGAGCUUACAAUUCUGAUCACUGUGUCUCUCUAUAAUGUAAUGCUGCUAAGUGAUCAUCUAUGCUCCCUGAAACCUGCAGUGUGCCAGCUUACAGCAGACUCCAGGGACAUUCACUCUUGUGCUAUACUCUAUGAAGAAGCAGGAUGGUGGAUUUAGACAGUGAGGUCCCUGCACUACCUCCCAGAUACAGAUUUCGGGAUUUAAUUCUUGGGGAUCAGGCAUUGCAAAAUGAUGACAGAGUGCAAGUAGAAUUUUAUGUGAAUGAAAACACCUUUAAAGAAAGAUUGAAGCUUUUCUUCAUUAAAAACCAAAGAUCAAGUCUUAGAAUUCGACUCUUCAAUUUUUCACUGAAACUUCUAAGCUGUAUGCUGUAUAUAGUGCGUGUCCUUCUAGAUGACCAUUCUGGAAAUAAAACAUGGUCUUCUUCUAUAUUAUGGGUUAACAGAAGUUUGGCCCUUUGGGGCCUUCAGGUUACAGUGGCUCUGAUCAGCAUUUUUGAAACAAUACUGCUAAUUUAUCUAAGUUACAAGGGAAACAUAUGGGAACAAAUUUUGCGAAUACCUUUCAUAUUAGAAAUUAUUAACACUGUACCCUUCAUCAUUACGAUAUUCUGGCCUCCUCUAAGAAAUUUAUUUGUGCCUGUUUUUCUAAACUGCUGGCUGGCAAAACAUGCUUUGGAGAACAUGAUUAAUGAUCUUCAUAGAGCGAUACAGAGAACACAAUCUGCAAUGUUUAAUCAAGUAUUAAUUUUGAUAUCCACCUUACUAUGCCUAAUUUUUACAUGCAUCUGUGGAAUUCAACACUUAGAGCGAGCUGGAAAUAAAUUGACGCUAUUUGAUUCUCUCUACUUCUGCAUUGUGACGUUUUCAACUGUGGGUUUUGGAGAUGUGACCCCAAAGAUAUGGCCAUCAAAACUUUUGGUAGUCAUAAUGAUCUGUGUAGCACUAGUAGUUCUUCCAAUCCAGUUUGAACAGCUGGCAUAUCUGUGGAUGGAAAGGCAAAAAUCAGGUGGGAAUUACAGCCGUUACCGAGCACAAACAGAAAAGCAUGUCGUCUUAUGUGUUAGCUCCUUGAAAAUUGAUCUGUUAAUGGAUUUCUUGAAUGAAUUCUAUGCACACCCAAGACUGCAGGAUUACUAUGUGGUGAUAUUGUGUCCAACAGAGAUGGAUGUCCAGGUUAGACGCAUUCUUCAGAUUCCCAUGUGGUCUCAAAGAGUUAUAUACCUACAGGGCUCAGCCCUUAAAGAUCAGGAUUUAUUAAGAGCUAAGAUGGAUGAUGCAGAGGCAUGCUUUAUAUUGAGCAGCAGAUGUGAAGAGGACAGGACAGCAGCUGACCAUCAAACAAUAUUAAGGGCCUGGGCAGUGAAAGAUUUUGCUCCAAAUUGCCCUUUGUAUGUUCAGAUAUUGAAACCAGAGAACAAAUUUCAUGUCAAAUUUGCAGAUCAUGUUGUAUGUGAAGAAGAAUUUAAAUAUGCAAUGCUUGCAUUGAACUGCAUAUGCCCAGCCACUUCUACACUAAUCACUCUGUUAGUUCAUACCUCAAGAGGACAGGAAGGACAGCAGUCCCCUGAGCCAUGGCAGAAAAUGUAUGGUAGAUGUUCAGGAAAUGAGGUCUAUCAUAUAAAGAUGGAGGAAAGCAUAUUUUUUGCAGAAUAUGAAGGGAAAAGCUUCACUUAUGCAUCAUUUCAUGCACAUAAAAAAUUUGGUGUCUGCCUUACCGGUGUUAGAAGAGAGGAUAACAAAAACAUCUUGCUAAACCCAGGACCGCGUUACAUCAUGAGCUCUUCUGACACCUGCUUUUAUAUCCACGUGACCAAAGAGGAAAAUUCUGCUUUUAAACAGCAUGAACAGUUGGAAAAACUAUGCAGAUACAAGUCAUCCUAUCAUGGCCCAUCCAGGCUACCAGUCCACAGUAUAAUUGCCAGCAUGGGCACAGUGGCAAUAGAUCUACAGGAAACAACCUGCUAUUCCACCAGUGGGCCGGCCCUUUCUCCUCCAUCUGAAGGUUGUAGAGAAGAGAGAAGACCCAGUAUUGCACCAGUACUAGAGCUUGCUGACAAUGCAUCUAUACAGCCAUGUGAUCUUUUGAGUGACCAAUCAGAAGAUGAAGCCAACCCUUCUGAUGAUGAAUGUUCUGAAGCCAAGGAGUAUUCUAAAGGGUACCCCCCUAAUUCACCAUAUAUAGGAAGCUCACCUACCUUUUGUCACCUAUUACAAGAAAAAGUACCUUUUUGUUGUCUUCGAUUAGAUAAGGGUUGUCAACAUAACUAUUAUGAAGAUGCAAAAGCCUAUGGAUUCAAGAAUAAAGUCAUCAUUGUUGCAGCUGAAACUGCAGGAAAUGGACUGUAUAAUUUCAUUGUUCCACUCAGAGCAUAUUACAGACCAAAGAAGGAGCUUAACCCCAUCAUUCUGCUUCUGGAUAAUCCGCCAGAUAUGCACUUUUUGGAUGCAAUUUGCUGGUUCCCAAUGGUCUACUACAUGGUGGGCUGCAUUGACAACUUAGAUGACUUGCUGAAAUGUGGAGUAACUUUUGCAGCUGAUAUGGUGGUUGUAGACAAAGAGAGCACAAUGAGUGCUGAAGAAGACUACAUGGCAGACGCAAAGACCAUAGUUAAUGUACAAACACUUUUCAGGUUAUUUCCAAGUCUCAGCAUCAUCACAGAGCUAACACAUCCAGCAAACAUGAGAUUUAUGCAAUUUAGGGCCAAGGACUGUUAUUCAUUAGCUCUUUCUAAGUUGGAGAAGAAAGAACGUGAGCGAGGAUCUAAUCUGGCAUUUAUGUUUCGCCUUCCUUUUGCUGCUGGCAGAGUAUUCAGCAUCAGCAUGUUAGACACACUCUUGUACCAGUCAUUUGUGAAAGAUUAUAUGAUCUCUAUUACAAGACUGCUGCUGGGACUGGACACCACGCCGGGGUCUGGAUUUCUUUGUUCUAUGAGAAUGACUGAGGAUGAUUUGUGGAUCAGGACAUAUGGAAGACUAUAUCAAAAGCUCUGUUCCUCAACAGGGGAUAUUCCAAUUGGAGUCUACAGGACAGAGUGCCAGAAACUUACCACAUCAGAGUCACAGAUAUCUAUUAAUGUGGAAGAUUGGGAAGACACAAAAGAAACCAAGGAAUCAGCAACUAAUCGCAACAAUCAUAGGAAUUCCACAUCAAGCGACCAGUCAGAUCAUCCCUUACUACGAAGGAAAAGUAUGCAAUGGGCCAGAAGAUUAAGCAGAAAAGUUCCCAGACAUUCUAGCAAAAUAGCCGAGAGGAUAAGUCAACAAAGGAUGACUUUGUGUAGAAGAUCAGAAAGGCAAGAACUAGCAGAACUUGUUAAGAACAGAAUGAAGCAUUUGGGUCUUCCUACAGCAGGUUACGAUGAAAUGAAUGAUCAGCAGAACACGCUGUCCUACAUCCUCAUCAAUCCUUCCCCAGACACUAGACUGGAACUGAAUGAUGUUGUCUACCUGAUCAGGCCAGACCCACUGUCUUAUGUUCCAGGCAAUGCAUCAAGCCGGAAAAGCAGCUUUUGCAAUACAACUGGGCAAGACUCAAAGGAUGAAACGCAGCUCUAAUAUUCCAGAAGCUUCAGUGAAUAAAAAAAAAAAAAAAAACAUUAUUUGUAGCUGUAACAUCUUCCAGCCAUGUCAAGCCUAAAUCUAUGGCUAGAAGAUUCAAGUAAACACCUGCUUUUUAUAGCAGAGUCUGUAUGGGGAAUUAUUGUUACUCAUGUCUCAAGCUGUUACUUCAAUGUUAUUUCCCUACCGUGUAAUUUUCUAGAUUGGAUUAAGAGACCAAUGACAUCAGACACUUUAGGUAGGAUACCAAAUAAAUAAAUGCACUGCAGUAUACUGGCUAGUGAGUAUGGACCUGUGUGGAGCCAACACCUGGAGCUAAAGAGAUGCUAUUGCAGUGACCUAGAGUUGAGUAUUAUGGAACUCUGGGUAGGAUGGUCAUUGUGAAAAAAAUAUUUUAUAUAUGCAGCAGCUGUCUUGUACAGAACCCGUGAGAUCUUAUUAGUGUCUUACUGCUUCCUAAUGUGAAUUUGUUUUGUAUUUAAGUCCUGAGAGUUGAAUUUUACCUUUUGACAGAUAUUAUUGCAAAACAAGUUUUUCUAUUGCAUUGCCAAUCAUUUUAUGUUUUUGGUUUUCCAUCAGACAAACACGAAGUAGAUCUCUACUCCUGGUUUUAAGGGAUAGUCACAAGCUACUUGAUUUAUUUAUUUAUUUAUUUAUUUAUGUAUGUAUUUAUUGAUUAUGUUUUAGUUAUUAUUUAUUUAUGUAUGUAUUUAUGUUAUACAUCAAUGCUACACACCAUGUUUUAGUUGCAGGAUAUAAUUCUUGAUCUGUACAAGUAAAAUUUG